CUGAAAAUGUCAAGAUACGUUUACCAGAUGCUUUUGCAGCAGGUCGACUGGCUGUAACCAACAAAUGCUCUGUCGACGCGACCCGACAGACAAGAUAACGUUGCCUAUAGCAAUAAUGUUGCAAUUGUGAAACACUAGGAGAAAUAAACCGCCAUGGACGACAGGCUGCAAGAUGUGGUCCGGGCGAUGCAGCUUGCUCGUGCUGGCUUGCUCCCGGAAGCCCCAAACCAUUUACAUUCGCGGAUGGCUGUACCGCAGCAAGCCGCCGACAAGCCCCAACACCCGCCCCAGCCCCUCAUACCAUCGCUACUUCAGCCGCUGCUGCGCUCACCUGCUGCUGCUGCUGCCGGCCCCAGCUUUCAACAACAUCCACAAACCCUGGGCAGCAGCAGUGGCACCCUGGGCAGCAGCCAUGGACUCGGACUCGCCGCCGCUUCCUCGCAGGGCGGCUUCGGUGGCUUCGGCGCUGAGCCCACCAAAGCCCUGGAAGGCUCCUGGCCGCAAUCCCUCUUGCAACUGCGGCCACCGAUGCCACCACCACCACCGCAGCAGCAGCAGCAGCCACAGCCACAGCCGACACAGCAGCUGCAGCAGGGGCUACCCCCACACCAGCAGCACCAGCAGCCACAGCUGCCAGCAUGCAGCAGCGGAGAUCCCAGCCGACUGGAGCACCCAGAGGCUGCCCUUGGACGGCAAGGCACGCUACAGCACAUGCAGCAGCAGCAGCAACAACAGCCACACCAGCAUCGGCAAAUGGGCUGGCAGCUGUCACUGCAGCAGCAGCAGCCCCUGUCGUGGCUGCAGCAGCAACAGCAACAGCAGCAGCAGCAACAACAAGGGAUGUCGUUUCCCCAGGACCUAGCUCCUGUGAGUCCAUUUCUGGGGCGUGGGGAUGGCGGUCAGGGCGGCAUUCCUUUCUUGAGUGGAAGGGAAGGCCGGUCUGAGGACCUGUCGUACCGGUCACCGGCGCCCUUGCUGCUGCUGCAGCCUCAUCAGCAGCAGCAACAACAGCAGCAACAGGUGGCGGCAGGCGCGGGGACAACAGCUGCCGGCAGUGAUGGUGGCAUGGCAUGUCUGGUGGCUGCGUUGCUGCAGAGCAGACACCAACACCAACACCAACAGGGUCAACAGCAGCAAGUGAUGCAGCAACAACAAGAGAGACAGCUGCAGCAACAACAGCAGCAGCAGCAGCAGCAACAACAACAACAGCAACAGCAGCAGGAUGGCUUGCAGUGGCAGCUAGAGCAGCAGCAGGGGCGGCAACAACAAGAGGAGCAGGACUUGAGGCAGCGGCUUCAACAACAGCAGCAGCAGCAUUAUCAGCAGCAACUCACGGGGCUGGAACAGCAACAACAACACCAACAACAGCUGCAACAACAACAAGACCAGAAGCAACUUAACCAGCAGCAGCAGCAAGAAGAAGGUCACCACCAGCAGCAGCAGCAGCAGCUGUGGCAGCAGCAGCAGCAACUCCAGCAGCUGCAACGCCAACAGCAGCAGUUGCAUUUUCGGCAGCAGCAAAGUCAAUUCAACCCGCUUCGUUUGCCGCUGCCACUGCCGCAGCGGCCAUCCCAGUUAUCAUCGCCCCUGCAGCAGCAACACCGUCACCACCAGCAGCAACACCACCACCAGCAGCACCAACCUCCGGCCUCGCUAGCCGGAACAACCUCAGUCGGAGUCCGGAGCGGCGGCGAUGGAAGCAAGAACCGAGGGGCUGAUGCGAUUGACCUGACGGCGGAGGACGACGACGAGGAGGGUUCGGAGCCCCAUGGUGCUGGAGCCCCGGGACGUGUUGGGGCCGGUGUAGGGCCCAAGAGGAGGCUGGCGUCCUCGCUUCCACCAGACUCCCCCGCAGCCAAACGCCUCGCUACGGCGGCUGGAUCCCCAGCCCAGCAGCGGCACCAGGACCCAACACAGCAGCCCCCACAGCAACACAGCCAACAACAGCAACCAUACCAACCACAACCGCAGCAGCAGCAGCACCCACAACAGGCCCAGCCCCCACAGCAGCCCCAGGCCCCACCGCUGCAGCAGUCGGCUCCAGGUCCGCUGGAGCUGCUGAUGCGGGAGCGGCUGGCGCUCAUCCGCAGCCGACUGUUGGAGGGAACCCUGCCCUUGGUAGCGAUGAUGAUGAACAACAAUCCUGCAGUGAACAACACAGAUGCUAAUGGCAACAGCAGCAGCAGCAGGGGCGGCGUUGCUGACAUACAUGGCAACGGCAGCCGCAGUGCCCAUGAGCCAAUGAGGACUAAGGGUGAAGCAGCAGGAGUCGCCGAUAACAACGGCACUCAUGGCAGCAUUAACAAUUUUGGCGGUAGCACUAUUAGCCGUGCGGCAUCACUGUCAGCAGCAGCAGCAGCAGCAGCAGCAGCAGGCGGCGGGCCGCAGGCGGCUGCAUUACGGCCCAUGAACGCGGAGGAGAGGGCGCAGCUUGAACGGCUUGCAGCAAAGCUGGAACGCCAGCUAAAGGCGUUGGAAGACCAACGAAUUGAGCAGCAACAGCAAGAACAGCAACAACUUCUGUCGAUCCGUCAUCAACGGCAACAGCAGCAACAAGGAGAGCUACAGGCGAUGGGCCGCCUUACUGUGCCUUCAUUUUCGUUGUUGCCGCAAGGGCACCAGCGCCCAAUGAAUCAUAACCACUGUCAUCAGACGUUGCAGACGCUGCAAUCACGUACAAGUACGGAGGCAGCCAUGGGGCCAUCCCUGACGCACGCCGGUCCUGCCCCAGCUCCCGCUGCUGCUGCUGCUGCUGCUGCUGCUCCCGCUGCUGCUGCUGCUGUUGCUGCCCCCGCUGCUCCUGCUGCCGCGGUUGUGACUGGCAGCAGCGGCGCGGUGAUGAGCAAUGGCGGCGGCGGGGGAAGCGGCAGCGGCAGCGGCCCGGGGAGGAGCGUGGUGACGGGCUUUCGGCUGGGCUCCCUCAGCCGCAACGACACGGCAGCUGUAUGCCGCUCCGGCUCCUCCACACGACCGGCACACACCAGCUCUGCUGCUAAGGGCUCUGCUUCCAAGAGCAGCAGCAGCGGCCUCAGCAGACAAGCUAGCAUGCAGCAGCUGCCGCCGCCGAUAACGACGGGUCCUACUGCUGCUGGCGCCGCUGCCGCCGGCACGAACACCACGGGUACGGGGCUCAAGGGGCCGCCCGGUGGUUCGUUGGGAGCAGGACUCAGCGGAUUGACGGGGGGAGCGGCGACGGUUGGUGGCGGCGGCGGGAGGGAUGGCGGCCCCGCGCGAGUCACUGAGCACCAGCAGGCGCUGAAGGCGGUGAUGGAGAGCCUGCAGGUCAGCGGAGACGAGGAGCUGGAGCCGCCGCCGCGAACGCUGCAAGUGUCGGUGCUACGACACCAGCGAAUGGCGCUGGCGUGGAUGUUGCGCCGAGAGACCCGUGGGUCACAGCCCCGCGGCGGCAUCCUGGCGGACGAUCAGGGCCUGGGCAAGACGGUGACCACCAUCUCCCUCAUCGUCACGCACACAAACCUCCAAGCGGAGGAGGAAGCGGCGGAGGGAGAGCAACAGGGAGGAGGUAGGCGUCAGCAGCAACAGCAGCAGCGAAGGCUUCAGGAAAUACAGAAGCUGAAGGCGCUGGCAGACCACCUGGGGCAGCAACAGCAACAACAGCAGCAGCAGGUGCAGCAGCAGCAGCAAGGGGAGGGGAAAGGGGA